GGCCCAGGUGGUCAUUGGAAUAGAGUUGUUCACCUACUAGCAAAGUCCCAAACCUUUUGCUGCUUUUGACAGGACUUGUAUUUCUACUGCGCUGCCGUUGUGAAUCUCAACGGUCUGGUGGAAAAGCUCAUAGAAAUAAUGGCCGAGUUUAUUCCGUAUUUAACUGUGUGGCAAAGGCUUUGCAUAAUCUUUCCAGCUAAUGAAGUGCCAGGAUUAUCAGUGUACACUACCAUGUCUAGCUGUUGAAGGUGCGUGUUGUUGCAAGAAGGAAAAAAAGCUGUGUUGCGGUGACUCAGGCCUAUAAUCCUAACACCCGGGAGCCUGAAGCAAGAGGAAUGCUGUGGACUCACAUUAUUGUCCCAGCUGCUUAGAAAACAUGCCAUCAGCUGAAGCCAAAUUAAAAAAGAAUAGAUGUGCCAACUGCUUUGACUGUCCUGGAUGCAUGCACACUCUUUCCACCCGGGCAACAAGCAUCUCCACACAGCUUCCAGAUGACCCAGCCAAAACCACCAUGAAGAAAGCCUACUACUUGGCCUGUGGAUUUUGUCGAUGGACUUCUAGAGAUGUGGGCAUGGCAGACAAAUCUGUAGCUAGUGGCGGUUGGCAAGAACCAGAAAAUCCUCACACACAACGGAUGAAUAAGUUGAUUGAAUAUUACCAGCAGCUUGCUCAGAAGGAAAAGGUUGAACGAGAUCGCAAGAAACUGGCACGGCGUAGAAACUAUAUGCCUUUGGCUUUCUCGGACAAGUACAGUCUCGGGACCAGGCUUCAGCGACCACGAGCUGGUGCAUCCAUUAGCACUCUUGCUGGACUUUCCCUUAGAGAAGGAGAAGACCAGAAGGAGGUAAAGAUUGAGCCAGCUCAGGCCGUUGCUGAAGUGGAACCUCUGCCUGAAGACUAUUACACACGGCCAGUGAACUUAACGGAAGUGACCACCCUUCAGCAGCGCCUCUUACAGCCUGACUUCCAGCCAGUCUCUGCUUCACAGCUCUAUCCUCGACACAAGCACCUUCUAAUCAAACGGUCUCUGCGCUGUCGGAAAUGUGAACAUAACUUGAGCAAGCCAGAAUUUAAUCCAACAUCUAUCAAAUUCAAAAUCCAGUUGGUUGCUGUCAACUAUAUUCCAGAAGUGAGAAUCAUGUCAAUCCCCAACCUUCGCUACAUGAAGGAGAGUCAGGUCCUCCUGACGCUUACAAAUCCGGUAGAGAACCUCACCCAUGUGACUCUGUUGGAGUGUGAAGAGGGGGACCCUGAUAAUAUCAACAGCACUGCUAAGGUGGUGGUGCCUCCCAAAGAGCUUGUUUUAGCCGGCAAGGAUGCAGCAGCAGAGUAUGAUGAGCUGGCAGAGCCCCAGGACUUUCAGGAUGACCCUGACAUCGUAGCUUUCCGAAAAGCCAACAAAGUGGGCAUCUUCAUCAAAGUCACCCCACAGCGUGAGGAAGGUGAAGUGACCGUGUGCUUCAAGAUGAAACAUGAUUUUAAAAACCUGGCUGCCCCCAUCCGCCCGAUGGAAGAAAGUGACCAGGGCACAGAGGUCAUCUGGCUCACUCAGCAUGUGGAACUGAGCUUUGGCCCUCUUCUUCCUUAAAACAAAGUCACCUGGUGGGCAGAUGUCCCCACAGCUGUGCCACCACAACUCUGUAACAGUGUGGAAGCUGCCGCUUCAUUAGACGUGUUUAUAAAGAUGUACCCAUCACUACUAAA